CUCCGUUAAUAGUAUUAAACAAUACUGCUAUAUUAAAACUAGUUUAAUUCUAGUCUUGUUCUAAUUCCGAUCAGUGUUAGUUCUAUAUUUGAAAAUGGUCCCCAUAAAAUGUUUGUUGAUCCUCGUGUGCGUUUAUAUUAUACUAGUAACUGCUGAAGUGAAGAAUGAACAAAACCAAGACUUGCAAAGAGUUAAGCGAGAGGAAGAUGACGAUUAUUAUAGAAGACUACACAGAAUACAGUCUCAAUUUGGUAGAACUUCGUUUGCGUCAUCCUUCCUGAAGUAUUUUAUAAGAAACAGACAUCAAAAGCGGGAGAGACGUGACAUAAACGAACUUCUUCAUGAACCUGUUUCACUGGUUCCUAUAAUUUCCACCGGGAACCAAAAACGAGAAACACGACAAGUUAAGGAUUACAACUACUACAGAAAUUAUCCCACAAAUAAUGUUAAAGCUAGGACGUAUCAAACGAUCCCUUCGAGUUACUACAAUUACAGCCCUGUGGACAGAUCAAGUUAUAUUCCAAAUUAUCAGUCCAAUUACAGGCCACCAAUAAAUUAUAGAAGCCCAGUAAAUUACUAUACCGACUUAACAAAUAAUUAUCAACUUCAAAGAAGACAGUUGACGAACGAAAACUUUGAGCACAAAGAUUUACAAAGAGCAGCAUCAGAAAACCGACCUGUUUUUAGGAAACCCUUCAGACCCACACCUGCGUUUUUUAAAUGAGUGUAUACAUAUUAGUACAGUAUUAUAUUAUAUAUUAGUACAGUAUUAUAUACACAUAUUUUAAAUGUCUUGCCAUGAUUAUAUUUAUCUGAAAGUUAAUAAACAAUUAAAAGAAAGAA